GAGCACAAUUCAAAAACACAGCAAAAUUGUUUGCGGAACAGAUGAACAAACCGUGAAUAUAAACUAUCAGACUGGCUGCUCCAAGCCACGAAUCAUAUACGGAGCAGUUAACACAACAAUGUACAGCAGAGGUUGCGCCAUGUUUGUAGUUUUAGUGAGCGAUGUCACAGCCACAUGGUUCUGAGCUCACUGAGAUGUGGAGGAGUGUUUGCAAACUGAGCAAGGACAAGAAAACAGGACAGCAAAUACAUGGCACACCAACAACAGCCAUGUGUAAAGAUCUGCAGAGCCCAAAGCGGAUAGGCUUCAGCAGAUACCCCGGCUUGAAUAAUGGGGAUUCUCCAGGUGAUGGAGAACCAUCACAGGACAUCUUCUGGGACUCUACAUCGCCCACAGCUGGUACUGGGCCCAGACACGUGAACACAAGAGUUGUGGAAAUAUCCGAUAUUGUCAACCGUAUUGCUCCAAAGGAUGUGAAGCGGAAUGAGAAUGAUUCUCCUCUGCUGCAGUGGAUAGGUGACAGUGCCUUCCAUUGCACACCCGAAAUGCCAAAGCCACGCGUCAGGAAGAGGUCCUCAAGGCAGAACAGUGUGGACGACCUCAAGAAACUGGCCAGGCAGUUUGACGAAAACAUGCAGCAGGACAGAAAACUGACAGAGACAUCAGUCCCUAGUAAUGUGAAGGACCCAAAGUGUCCGUCCUCAUCGGAUCAGGUGGAGGCCGAGCUGCACGCUCUGUUCGACUCCUCCACUCAAAAAGUCAGCGGCUUCCUGAGCCAGGGCUCCUCAACAUCGGCCCGCUCACAGGACACUUUAGCUGAACCCCGACAGUCUGAGCUCAAGUCAGCUGAAAAGUCAGGCCCAGCUGUACAUCCUGCUGGAGAUAGGGGAUCUUGUAAUGACUUUGAUGACGACUGGGAGAACGACGACCUCCUUGACUCUUUUGUGCUGUCUAUUCCUAUUCCUGACAAAAUCACUAAAUAUCAGAAGGGUGGUGUAGACUCUGUUAAAGACAUUUCAGACAGCUUAUGGGAUGAUGGGGACGAUGACGCGCUGCUCUACCAGGUAUGUGACACUGUGGAGAAGAUCUCUAACAGUCAGCCGCAGCAAGCAAGCACCAACAACUGCCAAGCAAAGCAAGAUAUUUAUGUAGACAGACAGAGAAAAAACCCUGUGCCAAUCGACACGUCCCGGCUCAUGGUCGCCGGUGCCAGUACUAAUAGUCGGUGGCCACAUGCUUUUGUUCGCUCUAACUCAUUACCGGAGACUAGCAGUAAAACUGUGAACUACCAAGGGUGGAACAUUCCCAUAAAGGGUGCCAGCAACAGAUCACAGAUGUCUCAGAGCCACCCGGGAAGCCAUGUGAGUCUGGGCACAUUUAACCAGGGCAGGGAUUCCUCUGGAACUUUCCAGGCCGGGAAUGUGGACAUGAAGCCGCACUCAGUGUCAGCCGGGACACCGCAGAGCUCCAAGUCCCAUCACACGGCCUUCAAGAGAAACGUGUCUGACUCGGCAGCUAUAAGCAGCAAAGUUUUUGUCACAAGCCAGAUGACAACAAAGUGCUCUGCAGCCGAGAUCGAGAGGAAGAAGCAGGAGGCGUUAGCCAGGAGACGACAGCGAAUGCAGAACGCCCCGAAACCGUAGAGGAGCUUGGUCCUGAAUAAAGGGAUAUUAUAACACUACAAUAAGCCUUUACAAAACGAAUCAUUCCAUAUCAGAGGCUCAGACACGUCCUUUUCACCAAUGAUAGCAUCUAAGAUGAUAUCAUGUUUGUAUUAAUCAGUAUGAAAGAUGUUUAACAGAAAGGACCUAGUGUCUAUUAAAAAUAAAUGAAUGUCUGUGUUCUUGCUGCUGAUGUAGAAAUGUGUAUGCAAAGUUAGAUUUAAGCACUGUUCUCUGAUCUGCUGCUGGGAUAACAAUAGAAGAGAUUUCCCUGAGCUUUUCUAAUGCUGACUGAAAAAUAGUUUACAUUCCAGUUGGAAAAAGUUCUACAUUUUCUGUUGUCAUGUAAUGUCUGCACAUAUUUUGGAUAACACUUUUGUUUAAAAGUAGUAAAUAGUUUCAUCUGUGUUUCUCUUGGAACUGCAAUACCCAGGGCCUCUGCACAUGAUUGGUUGAAGUUAUUCAUUAGACAUGUCUUCAUCUAAGUAACAAUGAAGACAGUCAUUGCUGUAUUGUUGACUGUAUGUGUUUGAUCAAACAGUGUAUGUGUCUUCCUAUAUA